CUACAAGUGUAGCUUCGAGAGGAGGAGAAACACACCGACUUCUCAAAUGUCAAAUGAGGGUGGAGUGUGUGACGUUCAUCAGGCAGAACGGGAGGGGGAACGAGAAAGAAAGGGAAGAACUUUUUCCGACUAUUUCUUCUUCUUCCAAACAGAAAUUUAAUACAAAACGUGUUAACCUAGGCGCUUCAGGUCGCGAAUGAAUGCAGCGAUAAACAAAAGACAAGAAAGAAGGAGGAUAAACAAGCGUUUGCGGAGAUCCCUCAGAUGCCUCUGUGCAACAGAUGACAGCAUUAAAAAUUAGCACAGCGUGAAGCCUGUGGCCCUUUGACAGAAACGGAUCUCCCCUUCAGCAUGACUUCUGAACUGGACUCUAGUUUGACCAGCAUUGACUGGCUUCCUCAGCUGGGAAUCAGCACUUUGCGAUCAGGGAAAGAAAGAGUGGAGCGAAAAAAAGAAGGAGGAAGAGAGAAGGACAUCCCUCCCAUACCUACACCGUCCCCUGGAUCCAAUUCCAAAGUGAAACCUCCUCACAGCUACGCCACUCUGAUAGCCAUGGCGAUAAGUUCUGCUCCUGAAAUGAAGCUGAGUUUGAAUGAUAUUUACACAUGGAUCAGCAACACAUUUCCUUUUUAUAGCAGAGCAGGAAGAGGAUGGAAGAACUCAAUUCGACACAAUUUGUCCCUCAAUAAAUGUUUCCGGAAAGUUCCUCGACCACAGAGCGAUCCUGGGAAGGGCUCAUACUGGACGAUGGAUGUACCGCCUGAGUCAACUCAACCCAGGGCAGUCAAACGUCCUUAUCCUAAAGAGGAGGAGGCUCCAUUCUCAGAGGCCCAAGUGCCUGUCAGUCAAGCAGAGCCCCUCCCACCUCAGCCAGACAGCAAAAGCACGUUCUCUCCCCCUCCUUGCAAGCAACGUCCGAGCAUCCCAGUACCAACAUCUCUUCCUUCGAACCCUCAUGCUGAUCCCUCCCUUCGAUUCUCCUUUGCUGAUUUGAACUUACCAGAUUUGUACAAUUCCUUCCAGUCCCUCUGUCGCUCCGUGAGUGAGAGAGUCACCUCACAAUCGGACGUUACCAAUUUACUUGGACUAACCCAUGACAGUGCACCGCUCCACACGCCAACCCUGCCUCCCCUCUCCCCCUGCCCCUGUCCAAACCCUAAUAUGAACCAGUACACCAACCCCAACCCUAAUCUUAACCCAAACCUCAAUACCAAUGGCAACUUCAACCCAAAUACACCUAAUACUAACUGUAGUUUUAUACACAACCUAAACCCAAACCAGAACUCUAACAUUAAUCCAAACUCCAACACUGAGCCUGACAAGCUACUGCACAGUAAUGCUGUUCCUGCAGAUUGGUUCAGUAACGCUGACUCUUUGAGAGAGAGUUUCAGAAUUGCUAGUAGUUUGGACUGGGCUAACAUUGAUCUCACCAGUCACCCUGACCUGGUAGAGAGCAUGCGGCAGGCUGAGCUCUGUGACUGGGCAUUGGAUUCAACGCUCUUCACCUCACUCUGUGAUUCACUCAACCGUUUCUUCACUCAGAAGGGUCUCAUUAGCUCAUCUUCUGGUGGCCCCUCCUCUUUUGGACAAAUGGCCCCACAUCCUAUGAAUAUGCCGCCCACUAACCUUCCCAGCCUUGCUAGUUUAACUCAACCCUCUCCACUCAUCUACUCCACUCAGCUCCCUCCUGGCACUAGUGAAUCUCCCCUCCAAAGUCCCAGGAGAACCCUGACUCCUCACACCCAGAACCAGACAGCACAAAGAUCCCUGGGGCUGCAGCCCACCACGAGCCAGCCACUGACUCCUAAUGCACUUCAAACUCAACCCCUGACCCCCACAGGACGUCCACACUUGAAGAAAGUCAACAGUGAGGAAAUCCAGGAUGAUUUCGACUGGGAUUCUUUGAUUGAAUAAAUUUGUUUGCAGAUAAAUACACCGUAAAGAAAACAUGAGCCAAUAAUUGC